AUGUCGCCUUUAGCCUUCAUAGUUUUGGGCCUUUCGCUAGUGUUUGUGCCCAGCGACCGGUUCCAGCCCGUCCAGGCGGCGGUCGGGUUUGCGUUGAUCGGCUACCAGAUCACCACGGCAGUGAUCCCCCGUGUGGGAAAUGCCUUCAUAAAACGUGGCCUGGGAGGUCGAGAUCUGUCCAAACCGGGCAAACCACUCAUCCCCGAAACCAUCGGCGUGAUACCGGCAAUCACAUACCUGUUUCUCAUGAUCCUGUUCAUCCCAUUCUUGUUCAUAUUCGGCUCUACCCAGACCUCCGGUGCACAGAUGUUCCCCAAGACCAUGCUGUCACCCUAUCUCAGUUGUCUGCUUUGUUUGCAGUCGAUGAUCCUGCUCGGACUCAUGGACGACCUGUUUGACAUCAGAUGGCGCCACAAGUUCUUUCUGCCUGCAAUUGCGUCGAUCCCGCUGCUGAUUGUCUACUACGUCGAUUUCGGAAUCACCUCCAUUUUGAUCCCCAACGUGCUCAGAAACUGGCUUCGACUCACGUCCAACUCGGUCGACCUUGGCUUCGUGUACUACCUGUACAUGGCGUCGGUCAGCAUCUUCUGUCCCAACUCCGUCAACAUCCUCGCUGGAGUCAACGGACUCGAGGUCGGCCAGACCGUCGUUAUUGCCGUGCUUCUGCUGCUCAACGACGUCUGGUACCUCCUAAUCGGCACAGUCGCGUCGCCAAGCUACUCUAUCCACCUGUUCAGCAUGUGUUUCCUGAUUCCGUUCAUGGGAAUCACCCUCGGCCUGCUCAAGUACAACUGGUAUCCGGCUAAGGUGUUUGUCGGAGACACUUGGUGCUACUUUGGAGGAAUGGUGUUUGCCGUGGUGGGGAUUUCCGGUCAUUUUGCAAAGACUCUGAUGCUGUUUUUCCUGCCCCAGAUCGUCAACUUUAUCUACUCGGGUCCACAGCUAUUUGGCCUGAUCCCGUGCCCCCGUCACAGACUGCCAAAGUUCAACGAGAAGGACGGCCUUCUAUACAACUCGUACACCGAGUACGGUGCAGUGGACGCUACAAGCGAACAAGCACGGCAAAACCCGCCGCUGAAUCGCAAAUUGGUUCCAAUUAUUCUAUUUCUGGAAAAAUUAAAGCUCCUGGGAGUCGUGAAAGAGUACCACGAAGGACAAUGGGUCAUCAAGAAAACGACAAAUCUCACGAUCAUCAACCUGUUUCUUGUCUGGACAGGGCCAAUCAGAGAAGACAAGCUAUGCACGCUGCUGUUGGUGGCACAGUUUGGAGUCGGGUUCCUGAUGCUUAUCUUGCGACACACGCUCGCCCCAAUGGUGUUUGGCUUCGACAACUCCUGGAGCAUGCUGAAUAGAUACAACUGA